GAUGGCACGAAAGAACUACCGAACCUGCGUGCGGAUGGGCAACUGGAACGAAGACAUCUUCCUGGAGGAGGAAAUGAUGAAAGAUUUUUUGGAAAAAAGAGAUAAGGGGCAGCUCCUUAUACAGAGAAACAGAAAACUUAUUGCAAAUCUCUUAAAACAGACAAAGCUUUCUAUUACUGAAGAUGGAUUUAUUCAUUAUGGAGAUAAAGUAUUAGUUAUUAAUCCUGACUGUGAAGAUCCUCACGGUGGCCAAGUUGUAUUCGGCAGACUAGCAUUAUCAGUGACUCCAGAAGAAAUGAAAGCACACAUAAGUAAUGACAUAGAGGUGCCCUGUGAAGUGACUGCUAUGCCUGACGUGAGCCCAAUUGGCAGAAACACAUUUAUCAUUUUAAGUUUAGAUGGAAAUGCACUGGGUGAACCUAUCAGAUAUGGGCAGAAUUUUGGCCUUGCAACAACAGCUGGCUUUGAUGAUAAGAUGUUGUACUUAGGAAGUGACCAUAAGACAAUGAUGAAGUCAACAAAGAAGUCUUGGCUUCAGGAUGUUUAUCUAACGGAUGAGUUCACCUAUUUGACUUGCUGGCAAGCUACUUAUUUUGAUCCUCAGUUGCGCAUUGAAUAUGAAGGCUUUCCAGUUCCUCUUAUAUCCUUCUUAAACCGUGAUCCCCCAAAACUGAACACAAUGCUCUGGAUGAAGAACUUUAUGAGGGCAGAGGACGAUGGGACCAUCACCUCCUUGUUUCUGGAAGUUUUGCCUCUCUUAAUAUAGCUUGGGCUUAUAGUAGCUUUUUUGGCUAUUACCUCCCACUGUUGACUCAUUAAGUUUGCAGCCCACCAAAGCUGUCGUAUCUUUUGCAGAACAAUUGCUGUCUAACCAUGCUUUCCUCAAAUUGUACCUGAGAAGGUAUAUUUUUUAUACUCAUGUUCAAUAACCCUAUUGAUAUUCAUCUUAGUAGAUUCACCCCAAUGCUCCUCAUCACAUGUUUAUCACCCAGAUGUCUCUAUCAUUAUUGCCUUCUUUACCCCUGUCUUACAUGAAGAGAUGACCGUACUCCUGGCCAAGUCAAAACCUUCUAACUGCACAAGCUAUCCCAUCUAUUGUAUCCCACAUCUUCCUGCAGAUUGCUCCUUCUGUCAUCCCAAUUCUCUCACCUAUCUUUAAUCUCUUUGUGCCUACUGACUGUUUCCCUACUGACUCCAACAUGUCUGUGUCUCACCGAUUACACAAAAUCUCACUUGAUCCUUCCAUCCUCAAUAUCAUCUCAUAUCACCUCUGCCUUCUGUGGCUACAAAGUUGUCCCUGCUUCUUCAUCGCUUACUCUCUUCUUAACUCUCUAUAUUCUCUAUAUUCUGGCUUCCAAUCUCAUCAUUCAUCAAAAACUGCUCUUUCUAUAGUUACCAAUGACUUAAAAAAAUAAAUCUUCUGUUUCUUACAUAGUUAUUUCAAGUGUACUUCCCCUACCCUUUCUCAAAGAGCCAUCCCACAUAACAAAUGGUAUUUUUAAAGAGGAAAAAAAAUCAACAUUACUGAUGGAUACAUUGGAAAAGUGUUAAAAACAUGCAAUAAGUGAUACCUGUUGACCUCCCACCUCCAUGAGGAGGAAGUUUAAUGAUAUCUUUUCAUAUCUUUUCAUUUGAA